GUGCUGUAGUGAAGAAUGGAAACAGAUUAUAGUCACAUGGAGUUUAGCAAUAACAUAGAAAUUGAAGAUUCUGCAUUUCAAGAUUUUGAAAGAACAGAUGUAAAAGACAUGAGAUUAGAAGCCGAAGCUGUUGUGAAUGAUUUUCUUUUUGCUGUUAGCAACAUGUUUGUCUCCAAAAGCCUGCCUUGUUCAGAUGAUGUUGCAUAUAUCAAUGUGGAAACAAGAAAAAGGAACAAAUACUGCCUGGAACUCUCAGAAGAAGGGCUUAGGGUGGUGGGUUAUGCUUUUGACCAUGUGGAUGAUAACAUACAAACUCCCUACCAUGAAACAGUAUACUCUUUGUUGGAUACCCUUAGUCCAGCAUACCGAGAAGCAUUUGGAAACGCACUCCUAAGAAGACUGGAAGCUUUGAAACAAGAUGGACAGUCAUAAUUUGCUCAGCAUUAUAAACUUAUCUUGUUAGGCUUGCUGCUGGAAACUUCUAAAAUUUAAAACCUAGAUUCAUGCUAAUGAAUAUAAUAUAGAAUCAUUUUUUCUUUUGUUUUUCAGCAUUACUGCUUGCUUCAGAUAUAAACUUCUUAAGCAGUAUUAAUAAUAAACUAUUCUUGUUACUUAGCUUCCACCUAGGGAAUUUGGCAGCCCUUGAUUUGUGAUAUAGAUCAUGAAUAUAUUUAAAUUUCUUUGGAAUACUGCUUCUGCAUUUUGAAAACUAAACAGUAUUUUACUAUGAAAAUGCAGGAUUUUAAUGCAUCUAGUACUACAUAUGGAAUUCUAGACUUGCCUAAUAAAACUGGCAUUCUAAUUAAUUCUCUACAAUUUUAAUCCAGCUUGCUAAAUCAGGGGUUCAAUAUUAGCUUGGACUGAAUUUGUAGUGAUUAUUUUGCUACUGGCCUUACAGGGAACAAAUUAUCAACUAGUUUCCCCUGCACAAACUUUAAAAUUGCUUAAACUAUUUAUACCAGUUUGAAAUGAUAAAAUGAAUUAUUUGUAUAUAACUUAUCUAGUAUUAUUGUGCUAAUUGACACAGGGAUUAGUAUAGUUAUAUGUAUCCUAUUUGCAACAGUCAGCCAGCGACAUAAAGGUUAAGCCUUUAGCUUAUGAAUGUAAAAAUUACUAUCUAAUCUCCAAGAUACCUAAGCACAGAAUAUGAAAAUAGGCUCCAUCUUUUUUUCUUAAUAAAGAACACCAUAAAAUUGCA